CCUUACCCCAAACCCUUUUCUCUUUUCCUUUUACUAAGGACCACCACACCACCUUUAUUCAAUUUAUUCAUGACUCCCUAUACCAUACUCCCUGUUCUUUUCACUCCUCUUGAUCUUCAAAAAGACAUCUUUCUUCUUUUUCAUUUUCAUGCCAUGAGACACUUUCAGAACUUAUAAUCAGAUGAAGAAAUCCUUCUGGUUUUGCUUUAUGCUUCUGCAGUCUUUUGCUUUCUUUCUUACAAGUCAAGAAGAUGAUGCCUUUAGAUUACUAUCUUUCAAAAAAACAUCAGUUGAUUCUGACCCCAAUGGCGUCUUGUCCGACUGGACCGCUUCUGAUUCGUCGUCGAGCCCGUGUUCGUGGCGAGGCGUGUCCUGUUCUAAAGACAACCAUGUCAUUGCCGUCAAUCUCACAAACACUUACCUCACUGGUACUCUUAACCUUUCUCAUCUUAUGUCAGUCUCUACUCUUUCUGAUGUCUCUUUCUCCGGCAACUACUUCUCCGGCAACCUCUCUUUCUCGUCUUUGGUUUGUCCAUUUCAAACUCUAGAUUUAUCCGCAAAUAGUUUCGCAGAAACUAUAGAUGUUAAGUCAUUGUUACUCACCUGUAACCGUCUGCAUACUGUUAGUUUGUCAAACAACAGACUGACAGAUUCCUCAUUGGUGUCCACUUCUCUUUCUAACUGCCAGAAUCUUAACAUGCUUAACUUCUCUGGCAACAAGCUCACCGGAAGUCUCCCCAGCUCUAUGUCUUACUGCAAGUACCUUACAGUUCUAGACUUAUCUGAUAACCGGCUUUCAGGUGAUAUACCUACCGGUUUUAUACCAUCCAGUUUACAGUUUCUUGAUCUUUCAAGCAACAACUUCACUGGAAACUUUCAAAAUCUUGAUUUUGGGACUUGUCCGAAUCUUACAGUGAUCAAUCUGUCAAGAAAUGAUCUCACCGGAAGCGGGUUUCCCGUAAGCUUGACAAACUGCCACCUUUUACAGCAUCUUGAUAUCAGCCACAAUGAGUUGCAUAUGAAUAUUCCGGGAUCCAUGUUGGGAGGUUUCAAAUACCUGAAAAGCCUUUCGUUAGCUUCGAAUCAGUUUUUCGGGCAGAUUCCACCAGAAGUUGGAAGUGCCUGCAGCACACUUGAAGAGCUUGAUCUUUCCGGCAACCAGUUAACUGGCGGGCUGCCUUCUUCAUACGCUUCGUGUUCUUCGCUCUUGAGCCUCAGUCUUGGCCACAAUUAUCUCUCAGGCGACUUUUUAACCGCGGUUGUGAGUUCUCUUUCAAGUUUGAAGUAUCUUUCUGCUUCAUUUAAUAAUAUCACUGGGAGUUUGCCGUUGACUUUGGUCAACUGUAGUCAACUUCAAGUCAUGGACUUGAGUUCUAAUGGAUUUACAGGGGAGAUACCUUCUGAAUGGUGUUCUUCAAAGUCACCAUUUUAUUCACUUCAGAAGUUACUUCUGGCCAACAACUAUUUAUCAGGGUCUGUGCCAAAUAAUCUUGGUGGUUGCAAAAGUUUGCAAACUAUUGAUCUUAGUUUCAAUAGUCUGACGGGUGCAAUUCCUGUUGAAAUAUGGAAUCUUCCACAGAUCUUAGAUGUGAUAAUGUGGGCUAACAAUCUCACUGGUGAAAUCCCAGAAGGAAUCUGUGUCAAAGGAGGGAAUCUUCAAACUUUGAUUCUUAACAACAACCUUAUUAGGGGGACAAUCCCGACAUCGAUCGCUAGCUGCACGAAUCUGAUGUGGGUUUCGCUUUCUAACAACAAACUCGAAGGAGAGAUCCCCUCCGGUGUCGGGAAUCUUGUCAAUCUUGCUAUUCUUCAACUGGGAAACAAUUCACUAACAGGUGGUGUUCCGGUUGGUCUUGGCAAGUGUAAGAGCCUCAUUUGGCUGGAUUUGAAUAGCAAUUUACUGGACGGGUAUCUCCCGGAAGAGCUUGCGGAUUCAGCCGGGCUUGUUACCCCUGGGCCCGUUUCGGGGAAACAGUUUGCUUUUGUGAGGAAUGAAGGGGGGACAGCUUGUAGAUUUGCCGGAGGACUUGUUGAAUUUGAGGGAAUAAGGAAAGAGAGGCUUGAAGGGUUCUUGAAUUAUCAUUUUUGUCCAUCGACCCGAAUAUAUUCGGGUUUGACAAUGUACAAUUAUGAAGCUAAUGGCAGCAUGAUCUACCUUGAUCUGUCUUUCAAUUCGUUAACUGGAAGUAUUCCUGAAAGCUACGGUUUGUUAAGCUACCUGCAAGUUUUGAAUCUGGGAUACAAUAAUCUUACCGGUGAUAUCCCGUUUAGUGUAGGCAAUUUGAAAACCGCUUUGCUCCUUGAUCUUUCACAUAACUCGCUAACGGGCUUUAUUCCGGGAUCAUUAGUGAGUCUCUCGUUUCUAAAUGACUUCGACGUGUCGAACAAUAAGCUCACAGGCCCGAUUCCUUCAGGAGGCCAACUCACUACUUUUCCAGCAUCAAAAUAUGAAAACAACCCGGGCCUUUGUGGGCUUCCGUUGGAUCCAUGCGGGUCAGGAAGCCGACGAGCCGGGCUCAAACAUAGAACAAAGAGGACAAGUUCAAUGGCUACUGGGGUCGUUGUUGGGAUACUGGUGUCUCUUCUAUGUAUAAUCAUCCUCACAUUCAUUCUUUUCAAAAUGAAGAGGCAUCAAAAGAAAGUGGAAGCUAGAGAUAAAUACAUCGAAAGCCUUUCGACUUCUGGAAACAGCAGCUGGAAACUAACUGGCGUUCCCGAGCCUUUAAGCAUUAACAUAUCCACCUUCGAGAAGCCAUUGCGAAAGCUGACUUUUGGCCACUUGCUGGAAGCAACAAACGGGUUCAGUGCUGACACGUUAAUUGGUUCAGGCGGGUUCGGUGAUGUUUACAAAGCGCAGUUGAAAGACGGGAGUGUAGUUGCAAUCAAGAAACUCAUACAUGUCACAAGUCAAGGAGAUAGAGAGUUCAUGGCUGAAAUGGAAACAAUUGGAAGAAUCAAACAUCGUAACCUCGUACCUUUGUUGGGUUACUGUAAAGUUGGAGAAGAAAGACUUCUUGUAUACGAGUACAUGAAAUGGGGAAGUUUAGAAGCGGUUUUACACGAUCGAGUCAAAGGAGGGGGAUGCGUUCCAUGGCUUGAUUGGUCAUCAAGAAAAAAGAUAGCCAUUGGGUCAGCAAGAGGGCUAGCAUUUCUUCACCAUAGUUGUAUACCUCACAUCAUUCACCGCGAUAUGAAGUCCAGUAAUGUACUUUUAGACCAAGAUUUUGAAGCCCGAGUCUCGGAUUUUGGCAUGGCUAGACUCGUUAAUGCACUCGAAACUCAUCUUAGUGUGAGUACCUUAGCCGGGACACCCGGUUAUGUCCCACCGGAGUACUAUCAGAGUUUCAGGUGUACAGCAAAAGGAGAUGUAUACAGUUAUGGAGUUGUGUUAUUAGAGCUUUUAUCUGGGAAAAAGCCGAUAGAUACUAAGGAGUUUGGGGAUGACAAUAAUCUUGUGGGAUGGGCUAAACAGUUGCACCGAGAAAGAAAAAUCCGUGAUAUUUUGGAUCCUGAACUGCUCUCAGAUAAGUCAUGUGAAUCUGAAUUGUUGCAUUGUUUAAAGAUAUCGUUUCAGUGUGUCGACAACAAGCCAUGGAAAAGACCAACGAUGAUUCAGGUAAUGGCCAUGUUUAAAGAGCUUCAUGAAGAUUCUGGAAGCGAUACUCUUGAUGGAAUGUCCAUGAAAAGUUCAGUGAUUGAUGAAUCUCAAGAAAAAGAACCUCUUGGUGAUCACAGCUGAGCCCAAUAUAUCAGAAUAUGAGAUCACAAUAGUCAAGACUAAGGGCUGUUUACUAACAUUUGGAAUUUGUGUUCCUAUUCUGAUGCUGCAUCUAUUUUCUGUCAAAUUUUUGGUAUUUGAUGAAAUGUUGCAAUUUGUUGUUUUUUUUUUUUUUUUUUUUUGUUUCUGUAGUUUUAAUGUGAAUAUCAUUUUCUGGGAUUUUUAAGAAUUCGAGGUGAUUAUUUAUGGGAUUUGGAUUAAAAACAAA